AUGAAUACUUUUGAUUUCACGGCUAUUUCGUCGCAGCUUCCACCCAAUACGGGCCCACCUGGUACAGUUCCAACUAAUAAUGGAAACGGUAACUCUUCCAACAACAACAAGAACUUGAGUCAUGUUCCAUGUAAGUUCUAUAGACAAGGGAUCUGCCAGGCUGGAAGCUCAUGUCCUUUUUCCCAUAACUUCGAUGGGAGUUUGGCAGCUGAGAAAUUACCUUGCAAGUAUUUCCAGAAGGGAAAUUGCAAGUUUGGACUCAAAUGUGCUUUAGCACAUUUCUUACCUGACGGUACGCGGGUGAACUCCAAGAGCUUGCGGAUGUCGCAGCCUAUAAAUACGAAUGUUGCUAAUGGAAAUGGUUAUCUUCGUCGUUCGUCGAACAAUAUGAAUAACGGGAGUUUUAAUCAUUACACUUCGCAGCCAAUAGAUAUAAAUGCUGAAUCGAUGGAGCACAUUGGACACCAAACUAAUAAUAUGGUUUCUCCAAAUAACAAUGUUGCACAUUUUCUUAAUGUGGGCCAUAAAUUUCCAUCACAACCAGGGUCAUAUACCCAAGGGUUAACCAGAAAUCCCUCAUAUAAUUCUAGUCUUUCCGGGUUACCAAAUUCGUAUACUAAUGGUAAUACUAUUACUACGAACAACAAUCAUGCAGUGAAAUCUGGUAGCCAAACUUCAGCGUUCUUUAGAUCAAACUCAAGCAAUAUAUCUCCUCCAAAUCACAUUAUACCACCUUUCCAUAAUUCUUCCAACACAUCUACAGGAGUGGAACAAUCUCCGGUUGAUACUCCAUUUUCAGAUAAAACUACAAAUCGAUUCUCAACGAGACUUGCAUCUCGUUCAUCAUUUUCAUCGCCAGCAUGUUUCCACAACUACGACUCUGCGGUUAUUGAUGACGAAGAUGAAGACGAAGAAAUGUAUAAUGAUAGUGGUUAUUUCGAAGAUUAUGUUCCAGGGUCGUUAAGCGAUCUAAUUUUAACACCACAAGAGAUGCAAAGACGUGAUUCUAGAUCUCAGUCCGGUACUUUGUUAGUCAGACCCAAUUUGAACUCUACAUUAAGUUCAACUACGAAUGAAAAUGAUGAAAAGAAGGACGAUAAUACUGAAUCGAAGGAUGAUUCGAAGGACAAAAUGGAGAAAAAUUCAGCUCAAGAUGAUGUAUUUUUGAUGGAUUGA